AUGCCAGGCUGGUGGUUCUGGCCCCUGGUGGCCGUCUGUGCUGCUGACUUAUUCAGAGACGAGGCGGAGAGGAUCAUGAGGGACACCCCAGUCAUCGAUGGGCACAACGACCUGCCUUGGAAACUGCUGACUGAGUUCAACAACCAGCUGCAGGAGGAGGAGGCCAACCUGACCACUCUGGCCAACACGCACACCAACAUCCCAAAGCUGAAGGCUGGCUUUGUGGGGGGCCAGUUCUGGUCUGCGUACACACCCUGUGAUACCCAGAACAAAGAUGCCGUGAGGAGGACGUUGGAGCAGAUGGAUGUCAUCCACCGCAUGUGCCAACUAUACCCAGAGACCUUCCUGUGUGUUACCACCAGUGCAGGCAUCCGGCAGGCCUUCCAGGAGGGGAAGGUGGCCAGUCUGAUUGGUGUGGAGGGUGGCCACUCCAUCGACAGCAGCCUGGGUGUCCUGCGUGCCCUCUACCAGCUGGGAAUGCGGUACCUGACGCUCACGCACAGCUGCAACACGCCCUGGGCUGACAACUGGCUGGUGGACACUGGAAGUGAUGAAGCCCAGAGCCAAGGCCUGUCACCGUUUGGGGAGCGUGUGGUGAGGGAGAUGAACCGCCUGGGAGUCAUCAUCGACUUGGCCCAUGUGUCUGUGGCCACAAUGAAGGCCACGCUGCAGCUGUCCAAGGCCCCGGUCAUCUUCAGCCACUCCUCAGCCUACAGCCUGUGUAGAAAUAGGCGCAAUGUGCCUGAUGAUGUGCUACAGCUGGUGAACAAGACUGGAAGCCUGGUGAUGGUGAACUUCUACAAUGACUACGUGUCCUGCACACAGGAGGCCAACCUGACCCAAGUGGCUGACCACCUGGACCACAUCAGGAAGGUGGCAGGAGCUGAAGCCGUGGGCUUUGGUGGGGACUUCGAUGGUGUUUCAAGGCUCCCUAAGGGACUAGAAGACGUCUCCAAGUACCCAGACCUGAUCACAGAGCUGCUCAAGAGGAACUGGACUGAGGCAGAGGUCAGGGGUGCGCUGGCUGAAAACCUCCUAAGGGUCUUUGAGGCGGUAGAGCAGGUCAGCAAUCACACUCAAGCCCCCGAGGAGGAGCCAAUCCCGCUAGCUGAGAUGGAUGGGUCCUGCAGGACACAGUAUGGCUACUCAAAGGCCCCCAGCACUGGCCACUGGCCAGGGGCCCUGCUGGCCUCUCUGAUCUUCAGCCUGUACCUCCUGUGACCCACAUCAGACCAGAGCCUAGGAGCCUGCUCGAGGCACAAGACCCAGCCUUCCCUCCUGAGGUGGCACCUAGGCUCCCUGGUGACACCUGGGGACAGCUCAGGCCAUAGCUACCCAGCAGACUUGCAAUAAAAGCAGUGGCCCCUCAA